UCCAUAGAACAAGUGCGAAAUCUCCAGCCCCGGAGCUGCAGCUCUAGAUAGGCCCACAACACCUGAAGAGGAACGGCUCUGGAAAUCCGAGCCCAAGAGUCCGGGUGGUCAGGGUCUCUGGUCUCUAGUCUCUGGGGUAGAGAACAAGCAUGUUAAGAUUUGGUGCUAAAAUGGCAAGACCAAAUCGUCAAAGGACAAUUGCCGCUGGAGUGGGCAGGGGAACUUUUAGCGACUUCAACGGUCAACCCCUCCAAAAAUGGGACCAUCGUCCUAUGCCAGGGAAGAGUCGCUCUAAGAGCAGGGGCACAGGUAAAAAUGGUACCCAUUGUUGUCAGAAGGCGAAGCAAACUACUAAGCAACAGACAAAAGAAACCACGAUUGUAGAGAAAAAUCAGCGAUCAGGGAGAUAUGAAACUGACUUAUCUUUCAUUCCCAGACGACAUCUGUCAAAAAACACAUGCCAAGUCAAAAUUGGUUUAUACCAUAAAGAACCGUCGAACAGACCCAUGGAUCGCGGCCACUAUGAUCGCCUAGCUCCCGUCGGCCCUGAUACUAGUCAACAACCUUUUGAGAUGGUCUUCAGCUCCUGCGGUGUGGUCAGCCAGAGAGGAAGGGGAAUACCGCAGGGCCAAUGGGUAAGCGCAGGGUUCAAUAAUCCGACCUCAGCGCGAUGUCCGUUAAGCGCUCAGUUCCGAUGGGGCUGUGAACCAAGGGUGUUUGGACUGGCCAGAAUGGCCCCAACACAGCCCUUUUAACCAGUCCAGACGGUUUACUGUAUCUGCACGGUGGACAGAGCUGAGCAACGGUGCGUCGCCGCAAGUUCCGCUGUCGAUGUGCUGGGAGGAUACCUCAGCUGGGAACAGCCCACGUGUCGUCCAAGAGAGUAGUAUCGCAAGCUCUCGUGGAUGUCAGUACUUGUAGAUAGGAUCACGGCAUCUCACUCGAGUCUUGUCGGCCCACAGUGCGGUGCGGGCGAGAGGGAAUAAUGGACUCAAUGGAGACUCGAGAGGAUGUCCGUGUGUCUGUCGGCGCUUAACGAAGAUCAAAAGGACAACAAGCCCGGGCCGGCACGUGUCCCGAGCUCUGCUUGGACG